CGCGCCGGGCGGAGCGCCAUGGAUGCCGCUGGCCGCCGCCUGCCGCGGGGCUCGGGCUGCCGCCGCCGCGCCGCUGCCCUGGUCUCGGCGUGGCGCUGAGGAGGGCUCGGCUCCGGCGAGGAGGCUGCGGGAGGCUAAGGUGAAAACUGCAAAAGCGUGAGGCUGACUGAAGAGAGAAAUUAAUUGUGCUGAAGUUAGUCUGGCUUCAACAAUUAAAGGAUAUUUUGGGUACUUUUUAAUUGAAGUGGAGGCGGCUUUUUUUUUUAUAAAAAACCAUGGCAGAUGUGGAUCCAGACACGUUGCUGGAAUGGCUGCAGAUGGGGCAGGGGGAUGAAAGGGAUAUGCAGCUAAUAGCACUGGAACAGCUCUGCAUGCUGCUUCUGAUGUCAGACAACGUGGAUCGCUGUUUUGAAACAUGCCCUCCUCGAACUUUUUUGCCAGCACUGUGCAAAAUUUUUCUUGAUGAAAGUGCUCCAGACAAUGUACUGGAAGUAACAGCUCGUGCCAUAACAUAUUACCUGGAUGUAUCAGCUGAAUGCACCCGUAGGAUUGUGGGAGUGGAUGGAGCUAUCAAAGCACUUUGUAAUCGUUUAGUAGUUGUUGAACUUAACAACAGAACGAGCAGAGAUUUGGCUGAGCAAUGUGUGAAGGUGUUAGAAUUAAUCUGUACCCGUGAGUCAGGAGCUGUGUUUGAAGCUGGAGGGUUGAACUGUGUUCUGACAUUCAUUCGUGACAGUGGACACCUUGUUCAUAAAGAUACUUUGCAUUCAGCUAUGGCUGUAGUAUCCCGACUGUGUGGCAAAAUGGAGCCUCAGGAUUCUUCAUUAGAGAUUUGUGUGGAAUCACUGUCUAGUUUAUUAAAACAUGAAGACCAUCAGGUUUCAGAUGGAGCUUUGAGAUGCUUUGCUUCAUUAGCUGACAGAUUCACACGGCGUGGAGUUGACCCAGCCCCAUUAGCUAAACAUGGAUUAACUGAGGAGUUGUUAUCUCGCAUGGCAGCUGCUGGUGGGUCAGCCUCAGGACCAUCUUCAGCUUGCAAACCUGGACGGAGUAGUACUGGAGCACCAUCUACAGCUGCAGACUCUAAAUUAAGUAAUCAGGUGUCAACUAUUGUAAGCCUGUUGUCAACCCUGUGUAGAGGCUCUCCAGUAGUAACACAUACUUUUAAUUAUUUCCAGGAUCUCCUAAGAUCUGAACUUCCAGACUCUAUAGAAAGCGCAUUGCAGGGUGAUGAGAGAUGUGUACUGGAUACCAUGCGGUUAGUAGAUCUUCUUUUGGUGCUACUGUUUGAAGGCAGAAAAGCCCUGCCAAAAUCUAGUGCUGGAUCUACAGGCAGAAUCCCAGGAUUGCGAAGACUGGAUAGUUCUGGGGAACGUUCUCAUCGGCAACUGAUAGAUUGUAUCCGCAGUAAGGACACUGAUGCACUGAUAGAUGCCAUUGACACAGGAGCUUUUGAAGUAAAUUUUAUGGAUGAUGUAGGACAAACUCUUUUAAACUGGGCCUCAGCUUUUGGAACUCAGGAAAUGGUAGAAUUCCUCUGUGAAAGGGGUGCUGAUGUUAACAGAGGUCAGAGGUCAUCCUCAUUACAUUAUGCAGCAUGUUUUGGAAGACCUCAGGUAGCAAAGACUCUCUUACGACAUGGUGCAAAUCCUGAUUUGAGAGAUGAAGAUGGGAAAACUCCUCUGGACAAAGCUCGGGAAAGGGGGCACAGUGAAGUAGUAGCUAUUCUUCAGUCUCCAGGAGAUUGGAUGUGUCCUGUCAACAAAGGGGAUGAAAAGAAAAAGAAAGAUGCAAACAAGGAUGAGGAAGAAUGUAAUGAACCCAAAGGAGAUCCAGAAAUGGCACCCAUAUACUUGAAAAGACUAUUGCCUGUGUUUGCACAAACAUUUCAACAAACUAUGUUGCCUUCAAUAAGGAAAGCAAGUCUUGCGCUCAUUAGAAAAAUGAUACAUUUUUGUUCUGAGGCGCUGCUGAAAGAGGUUUGUGACUCUGAUGCUGGCCACAACCUGCCCACAAUACUGGUUGAGAUAACAGCUACAGUGCUUGAUCAGGAGGAUGAUGAUGAUGGCCAUUUGUUAGCCUUGCAAAUCAUAAGGGAUUUAGUGGAUAAAGGUGGUGAUCUUUUUCUAGACCAACUGGCUAGACUUGGUGUAAUUAGUAAAGUGUCAACUUUGGCGGGGCCAUCAUCUGAUGAUGAAAAUGAAGAGGAAUCUAAACCUGAGAAGGAGGAUGAACCACAGGAGGAUGCUAAAGAACUGCAGCAGGGUAAACCAUACCACUGGAGAGACUGGUCAAUCAUUAGAGGAAGGGACUGCCUGUAUAUCUGGAGUGAUGCUGCAGCCCUGGAGCUAUCUAAUGGUAGUAAUGGAUGGUUCAGAUUUAUCUUGGAUGGGAAGCUGGCCACAAUGUAUUCCAGUGGGAGCCCUGAAGGAGGAUCCGAUAGCUCAGGAGUUGGCUUACUAAAUAGUAAAGGAUGUAAACAGGUGGAAGGUGAAAGUAGGAGUGAGUUCCUUGAGAAGUUGCAGAGAGCUCGAAGCCAAGUAAAACCAUCUACCACAAGCCAGCCAAUUUUGUCAACACCAGGGCCAACUAAACUUACUGUAGGAAACUGGUCACUGACCUGUUUAAAAGAAGGAGAAAUUGCUAUUCACAAUUCUGAUGGUCAGCAAGCUACAAUACUGAAAGAAGACCUGCCAGGCUUUGUGUUUGAAUCCAACAGAGGAACAAAGCAUUCAUUUACAGCUGAAACUUCCUUGGGUAAGUAUGUAGGGUCAGAAUUUGUGACUGGCUGGACAGGCAAAAGAGGAAGAAAGCUGAAAUCUAAACUGGAGAAGACAAAGCAAAAGGUACGCACUAUGGCAAGAGAUUUAUAUGAUGAUCAUUUUAAAGCAGUUGAAAGUAUGCCUCGAGGAGUAGUUGUAACACUGAGGAACAUAGCAACCCAGUUAGAGUCUGCAUGGGAACUUCAUGCAAACAGGCAGUGCAUUGAGGGAGAAAAUACUUGGAGAGAUUUAAUGAAGACUGCUCUGGAGAACUUAAUUGUACUGUUGAAGGAUGAGAAUACUAUUUCUCCAUAUGAAAUGUGCAGUAGUGGCUUAGUUCAAUCACUUCUGACAGUUUUAAACAAUAAUGUUGAUUUGGAUGUGAAACAAGACUGUAGUCAACUGGUAGAGAGGAUAAAUGUUUUCAAAACAGCAUUCAGUGAAAAUGAGGAUGAUGAAAGUCGUCCAGCCGUUGCCUUGAUUCGGAAAUUGAUAGCAGUGUUAGAAUCUAUUGAACGUCUACCUCUCCACUUGUAUGAUACACCAGGGUCUACGUAUAAUCUCCAGAUACUGACAAGGCGCUUGAGGUUUCGUUUGGAACGUGCCUCGGGGGAGACAUCUUUAAUAGAUCGAACUGGUAGAAUGCUUAAGAUGGAGCCAUUGGCAACUGUUGAAUCUCUAGAACAGUAUCUCCUGAAAAUGGUAGCAAAGCAAUGGUACGACUUUGAUAGGGCUUCAUUUGUUUUUGUACGAAAACUGCGAGAAGGCCAGACAUUUGUGUUCAGGCAUCAACAUGAUUUUGAUGAAAAUGGAAUUAUUUACUGGAUUGGAACAAAUGCAAAAACUGCAUAUGAGUGGGUAAAUCCAGCAGCCUAUGGAUUAGUAGUGGUUACAUCCUCAGAAGGAAGAAAUCUGCCUUAUGGUCGUUUGGAAGACAUCCUGAGUCGUGACAGUUCAGCUCUCAAUUGUCACACUAAUGAUGAUAAGAAUGCUUGGUUUGCCAUAGAUCUUGGCCUUUGGGUUAUACCAUCAGCCUACACAUUACGCCAUGCUCGAGGUUAUGGACGAUCUGCUCUCAGAAAUUGGGUUUUCCAGGUAUCUAAGGAUGGACAGAACUGGACUACAUUGUAUACUCAUGUUGAUGACUGUAGUCUCAAUGAACCAGGAUCUACAGCAACAUGGCCUUUAGAUCCUCCAAAGGAUGAGAAACAAGGUUGGAGACAUGUCAGAAUAAAACAGAUGGGAAAGAAUGCCAGUGGACAAACACACUACCUCUCCCUGUCUGGAUUUGAACUUUAUGGCACAGUGAAUGGAGUAUGUGAAGAUCAGCUGGGAAAAGCUGCUAAAGAAGCUGAAGCAAAUCUGAGAAGGCAACGACGUCUGGUCCGUUCUCAGGUGUUAAAGUACAUGGUUCCAGGAGCUCGUGUGAUCAGAGGAAUUGAUUGGAAAUGGAGAGAUCAGGAUGGAAGCCCGCAGGGUGAAGGCACUGUUACGGGAGAACUGCAUAAUGGCUGGAUUGAUGUCACCUGGGAUGCUGGUGGCUCUAACUCUUACCGUAUGGGCGCAGAAGGAAAGUUUGACCUCAAGCUUGCACCAGGGUACGACCCUGAUUCAGCGGCAUCACCCAAACCUGUUUCAUCCACUGUUUCAGGCACAACGCAGUCAUGGAGCAGCUUGGUGAAAAACAACUGUCCAGACAAGACGACUGCUGCUGCAGGCUCCUCAAGUAGAAAAGGAAGCAGCAGUUCUGUGUGUAGCGUGGCAAGUAGCAGCGACAUCAGCUUGGGUUCGACCAAAAUGGAGCGGAGAUCAGAAAGUGUAUUGGAACAAAAUAUAGUUUCAGGCACUGACGUCCAUGAACCAAUUGUUGUUCUGUCUUCCGCUGAUAGUGUGCCUCAGGCUGACAUAGGGUCAUCCUCCAGUGCGAGCACCAGCACCUUAACAGCGGACAUGGGAAACGAAAAUGCAGAGAGGAAGUUAGGUCCUGAGAACUCAAUACGUACUCCUGGGGAGUCCAGUGCUAUAUCCAUGGGAAUUGUUAGCGUAAGCUCCCCUGAUGUGAGUUCAGUCUCUGAACUGACUAAUAAAGAAGCAGCUUCCCAACGACCCUUAAGCUCUUCAGCGAGUAAUAGACUUUCAGUCAGUUCUUUGUUGGCUGCUGGGGCACCCAUGAGCUCCAGUGCAAGUGUACCGAACUUAUCAUCUCGGGAAACUUCUAGCCUGGAGUCCUUUGUACGAAGAGUGGCAAACAUAGCACGUACCAACGCCACAAACAACAUGAAUUUAAGCCGGAGUAGCAGCGAUAACAAUACUAAUACUUUGGGAAGAAAUGUUGUGAGUACUGCAACUUCUCCUCUUAUGGGUGCCCAAAGUUUUCCUAAUCUGACUACAACUGGUACCACAUCAACAGUGACCAUGUCUACAUCCAGUGUUACUAGCAGCAGCAAUGUAGCUACAGCAACUACAGUUUUAUCUGUUGGUCAGUCGCUUAGUAAUACUCUAACUACUAGCCUAACAUCAACAUCUAGUGAGAGCGAUACAGGGCAGGAGGCAGAAUAUUCUUUAUAUGAUUUUCUUGAUAGCUGCCGAGCUAGCACUCUGCUGGCAGAGUUAGAUGAUGAUGAGGAUCUACCUGAACCAGAUGAAGAAGAUGAUGAAAAUGAAGAUGAUAACCAAGAAGAUCAAGAAUAUGAAGAAGUUAUGGAAGAAGAGGAGUAUGAAACCAAAGGAGGCCGUAGAAGAACAUGGGAUGAUGAUUAUGUCUUGAAACGGCAGUUUUCUGCUUUGGUUCCUGCUUUUGACCCAAGACCUGGUCGUACUAAUGUGCAACAGACAACUGACCUAGAAAUCCCUCCACCAGGUACCCCUCAUUCAGAACUCUUGGAAGAGGUGGAGUGCAUGCCUUCGCCACGUUUAGCACUUACCUUGAAAGUUUCGGGUCUUGGAACAACUCGAGAAGUAGAACUGCCCCUAACAAACUUUCGAUCUACCAUCUUUUACUAUGUACAGAAAUUGUUACAGCUUUCCUGUAAUGGCAGUGUGAAAUCUGACAAACUUAGGCGGAUUUGGGAGCCAACAUACACAAUCAUGUACAGAGAAAUGAAGGAUUCUGAUAAAGAGAAAGAAAGUGGGAAAAUGGGUUGCUGGUCAGUAGAGCAUGUGGAGCAGUACCUUGGCACUGAUGAAUUACCAAAGAAUGACUUGAUAACCUACCUGCAGAAGAAUGCAGACUCAGCUUUCCUGCGCCACUGGAAAUUAACCGGCACUAAUAAAAGUAUUAGGAAAAACAGAAAUUGUUCCCAGCUCAUAGCUGCAUACAAGGAUUUUUGUGAACAUGGAUCAAAAUCUGGAUUGAGUCAAGGGGCCAUUUCUACUCUUCAAAAUUCUGAUAUCCUUAGUUUGGCCAAGGAACAGCCCCAGGCCAAAGCUGGCAGUGGACAGAACUCCUGUGGAGUAGAAGAUGUUCUGCAGUUACUUAGAAUUUUGUAUAUAGUUGCCAGUGACCCUUACACAGCACGGACUUCUCAAGAAGAAGGAGAUGAGCAUCCUCAGUUUAACUUCCCACCAGAUGAAUUCACAAGUAAAAAAAUUACUACAAAGAUUCUCCAGCAGAUUGAGGAACCAUUGGCACUAGCAAGCGGAGCUUUGCCAGACUGGUGUGAGCAACUAACAAGCAAGUGUCCUUUCUUAAUUCCAUUUGAAACAAGACAGUUAUACUUCACAUGUACAGCAUUUGGAGCAUCAAGAGCAAUUGUAUGGCUGCAGAACAGACGCGAAGCAACUGUUGAACGGACAAGGACCACAAGCACAGUGAGACGUGAUGAUCCGGGAGAAUUCAGAGUUGGACGCCUCAAACAUGAAAGAGUGAAAGUUCCGCGAGGUGAAUCCUUGAUGGAAUGGGCAGAAAAUGUCAUGCAGAUUCAUGCAGACAGAAAAUCUGUUCUAGAGGUUGAGUUUUUAGGGGAGGAAGGAACAGGCCUGGGUCCUACCUUGGAAUUUUAUGCGUUGGUGGCAGCAGAAUUUCAAAGGACCGAUUUGGGAGCUUGGCUUUGUGAUGAUGAUUUUCCAGAUGAUGAGUCCCGUCAGGUUGAUAUUGGAGGUGGAUUGAAACCGCCUGGCUACUAUGUACAGAGAUCAUGUGGACUGUUUACAGCACCAUUCCCACAAGAUAGUGAUGAACUUGAAAGAAUAACCAAACUCUUUCAUUUCCUUGGAAUUUUCUUGGCUAAAUGCAUUCAGGACAAUAGACUUGUGGAUUUACCCAUUUCUAAGCCUUUUUUUAAACUCAUGUGUAUGGGGGACAUUAAAAGUAACAUGAGUAAGUUGAUAUAUGAAUCAAGGGGUGACAGAGACUUGCACUGUACUGAAAGUCAGUCAGAGGCUUCUACAGAAGAAGGACAUGAUUCCUUGUCAGUAGGAAGUCUGGAAGAGGACUCCAAAUCAGAAUUUAUUCUUGAUCCACCAAAACCUAAGCCUCCUGCCUGGUUUAAUGGAAUUUUGACAUGGGAAGACUUUGAAUUAGUAAACCCACAUAGAGCUAGGUUUCUGAAAGAAAUUAAGGACCUUGCAAUUAAAAGACGUCAAAUUUUAAGCAACAAAAAUCUGUCAGAAGAUGAAAAGAACACUAAACUGCAGGAAUUAAUGCUGAAGAAUCCAUCAGGUUCAGGGCCUCCUCUUAGCAUAGAGGAUUUGGGUUUAAAUUUUCAGUUUUGCCCUUCAUCCAAAGUAUAUGGGUUUACAGCUGUGGAUCUCAAGCCAGGUGGUGAAGAUGAGACUGUAACAAUGGAUAAUGCAGAGGAGUAUGUAGAUCUCAUGUUUGAUUUCUGCAUGCAUACUGGUAUACAGAAACAAAUGGAGGCCUUCAGAGAUGGCUUCAAUAGAGUCUUUCCAAUGGAGAAGCUGAGUUCCUUCAGCCAUGAAGAGGUUCAGAUGAUUCUUUGUGGAAAUCAAUCACCUUCUUGGGCAGCUGAGGAUAUCAUCAAUUACACCGAACCCAAACUGGGAUAUACAAGAGAUAGCCCUGGAUUCCUUCGAUUUGUGAGAGUCUUGUGUGGUAUGUCUUCGGAUGAGAGGAAGGCUUUUCUGCAGUUCACCACUGGUUGUUCAACACUCCCACCAGGAGGGCUAGCAAACCUCCACCCCCGGCUCACUGUUGUGCGCAAGGUUGAUGCUACAGAUGCAAGUUAUCCAUCUGUGAAUACAUGUGUGCAUUACCUAAAGUUGCCUGAAUAUUCUUCCGAGGAGAUCAUGAGGGAGCGUCUGCUGGCUGCUACCAUGGAGAAAGGCUUCCAUCUCAACUGAGCCACUGCACGCAGCCUGACACGUGGAAGUGUUUUUGAUACUAGCGAAGCCUCUUGUGUUUGUGUGCAAAAAAUACGAUCUCCACGCUGUGCUCUGAUGAGACUUGCCUUUUUUUCACCUGUGAGGCUUUAGGAAAAUGUGGAAUGUUUGUUAGCUGCUAAUGACAAAAUAAAUCCUUGUAACUACACAGCCAGCAAGAAAUUGGCACAGAACACUGUGUGAUGCUUCAAGGGCUUGCACAACUGGAAAUUAAGGUGUUUCUGUUUGACUGUUCCAAAGAACAGAUCAUCAGAUUUUCAGUGUUCACUGAUACAAAUUUCUAACAGUGUAUUGUGUAAAGUUUGUCUUUUAAUACCCUGUACACUACGGUUGCCAUCACUGAUCCCUGUUUUGCUGGCUUUAAGCUAACUGGUCAGAAACUUGCUUCCUUUAAAAUUUAGACUUAAUGGGCAUCUCCAGCCUUUUCUUUUUUAAUGGUGCCUGCACUAUUGGAGUAUUUUAGUGGGUUUUUGCGUAUAAUCAUGCACAACCGGUUUUUUUUUCUUCUUUUUCUUUCAAGUGGGAAUAUAUUUUGAUUUCUCAAAUGCCCUGCUAUAAAGAUCAAAUCCUUAAGUGUGUUUGUGCAGCUCAACAAUAAAGCUAUUAAAAAACACUGGUUCCUAGUGCAAGGCACACUUAAAGCAAGUUUUACUUUCGGUUGUAUUUUCUUUGUAUAUUAUAAACAUUUAUUUAACUUGUUGCAGUUUGAAGUUUAAAAAAAAAGCACCCAAUGUGUAAGCUCAAAAGUAAUCAUUAAAAUGUUUGCAACAUAUAAAAA